GAUUAGGAUUCAAAGUCCAAAAGAAUCUAAAAUUAUCAUCACAUACACAUCCAUACAUCCACUUCUAAUUAUAUAUUAGAACACCAACUUAUCAUUCAUCACUAACAUCCGUUCCUCAAAAGUCUCAAACCCUAUCCUUUCAGUUACUCUGCAACAUCAUCACGAACCAACCCAUUUACAUUCCCUCACACCGAACCCCAAGAAAGAGAGCAAAACACAACAAAAACAUCAUUUUUAACCUUGUUCAAUGGAAAACUGUGUCUGGCAGCAGCACCACCACCUUAGGACUAUGGUCACUUUUCCAUCUCCAACACCAUCAUCGUCAUCAUCAUCAUCACUCAAACCCCACUUGAGAUUCUUGCCCAGAAAACAUGUGGGUUAUGGCAAAGGCAUGAGGGUGAGAGCGAGUGGAGGAAGAAGGCACUGCGAUUUCAGCAGCAUAAACGCACCCCUUGAGCCAAAGUCACUUGUGGGGAAGUUUCUCAGUGGUGUGUUUCAGAAUCACCGCCAAUUGUUCCACGUUGUUGCCAAGGAAGAACUCAAGCUCUUGAGUGAUGACAGAGACUCUGCUGUUGCUCGCAUGCUUCUCACCCAUCACUCUGAUGAAGCCUUGCUUCACAGGAGGAUUGCACAAGUGAAAGAGAAUGAGUGUAUGCUUGCUAUAGAAGAUGUUAUGUAUUUGCUGAUUUUAUACAAGUUUUCUGAGAUUAGGGUCCAUUUAGUUCCAAAGCUUUCUAGUUGCCUAUACAAUGGAAGGCUAGAGAUAUUGCCUUCUAAGGACUGGGAUCUGGAGUCUAUUCACUGUGUAGAGGUCUUGGAUAUCAUUAGGGAUCACGUCAACACUGUAACGGGCUUGAAACCAAAUUCUAGUGUGAAGGAGAGUUGGGCGACGACUUCGAUCAGACAGUUCUGGUUAGCCCGAGUCUAUGUCGCCUCCAUAUUAUAUGGUUACUUUUUGAAGUCAGUUUCGUUAAGGUAUCACCUAGAACGAAGCCUGUCUUUGUCUAAUGAUCUUCAUCAUGGUCAUAGGACUCACCCAUCAUUUCAUGAUAUGUGUCGUUACAAUUCCAACCAUGUGGCCCUUGGCCAAAAGGGUGACAUACAAUCUGUGUGGAAUGGUUUAAUCAGGCAUGAAGAGGGAGUUGAAGAUUUGAAGUGUUAUGCUAUGGGGUUUCACCCUGGAUCAUUGCAAAGAUGCGCCAAACUGAGAUCUAAGGAAGCUGUGCAUUUGGUAGAGUCUCAUAGUCAUGCACUUUUUGGGAAUGGAGAAGAAUCUGGUUUUAAAGAGCAUGAUGUUAUUUUAACUUCAUAUUCUAGUCUGAGGAGGCUAGUUUUGGAAGCUGUUGCAUUUGGAUCUUUCCUCUGGGAGACAGAAGAUUACAUUGACAAUAUAUAUAAGCUUAAUGAUCAUGAAGUAGUAUAGUAUUAAGCAAGUUUUGCUAAAUAAAUUCCCACUGUUAGGAGAUUUUGUGUGUAUAUAAAGUGAGUUAGUUUUGGGUUAAGUUUAUAUUGUAUAGUAUGGUAAAUCUAAAUAAUGUACAGUUUAGUUGCUUGGUUGAUUAGCUGAGAAAUUUUUGAGAUUGAUAGUUUAAAUAAACACAAAGUUGUUCACUGUAUAUGGAUCUAUGUUUAAAUUUUGUGCAAAACAGAAAAAAGAAAAUGCUUCUUACAUUUCAUAUUACAUGGCUUUUUAAGGUUUGUACAAUUGGGAUAUUUGCUGGUUAUGAUGUCUUUAUGAAAAGCAGAAUACUUCUU